CAUGCAGCUUUUUUCAGUCAUCACUAACACCAAACCUCUUCUCUUUCCCUCACCUCCUCCACUUCUAAGAAUAUCUGUGAGGGCCAGAUCAGAAGCAUUGGCCAGAGGUGGCAAGCUUUUCCCUUCUACCCAUGACUGCUAGGGGCAGUGGCCCCAUAAGGGGUCGCCUUUGGCCACAAAUGGCCAUGGCAUUGGCCAUUGUUUUUAUUUCUACAACUGUGGUGUCCGUCGCUGCUGAUGGUUACCUUUACUCCUCUCCUCCACCACCUUAUGAGUACAAGUCACCUCCCCCACCAACUGCUUCACCACCACCUCCUUAUGAGUACAAGUCACCACCUCCACCACCACAUGAUCACAAGGCACCACCAUAUGAGUACAAGUCACCUCCACCACCGUCUCCUUCACCACCACCUCCUUACGAGUACAAGUCACCUCCACCACCAUCCCCUUCACCACCACCUCCUUAUGAGUAUAAGUCACCACCACCACCACCACAUGAGCACAAGGCUCCACCAUAUGUGUACAAGUCACCUCCACCACCAUCUCCUUCACCACCACCUCCUUAUGAGUACAAGUCACCUCCACCACCAUCCCCCUCACCACCGCCUCCUUAUGAGUACAAGUCACCACCACCACCAAUAGAGCACAAGGCUCCACCAUACUAUUACAAGUCUCCUCCACCACCCUCUCCCUCACCUCCACCCCCUUACUACUACAAAUCUCCCCCACCACCUUCACCAUCUCCUAAACCAUACUAUUAUAAAUCUCCUCCCCCACCUUCACCAUCUCCUCCACCACCCUACUACUACAAAUCCCCCCCUCCUCCAUCUCCUGUACCUCAUCCACCUUACUACUACAAGUCCCCACCGCCACCCUCACCAUCUCCAAAGCCGUACUACUAUAAAUCUCCUCCCCCACCUUCACCAUCUCCUCCACCACCCUACUACUACAAAUCCCCUCCUCCUCCAUCUCCAGUACCCCAUCCACCUUACUACUACAAGUCCCCACCCCCACCUUCACCAUCUCCUAAACCAUACUACUACAAGUCCCCACCACCACCCUCACCAUCUCCAAAACCAUACUACUAUAAAUCACCUCCACCACCUUCACCAUCUCCUCCACCACCCUACUACUACAAAUCCCCUCCUCCUCCAUCUCCAGUGCCCCAUCCACCUUACUACUACAAAUCUCCCCCACCUCCUUCACCAUCUCCUAAACCAUACUAUUAUAAGUCUCCUCCACCACCUUCACCGUCUCCUCCACCACCCUACUACUAUAAGUCUCCUCCUCCUCCAUCUCCUGUACCCCAUCCACCUUACUACUACAAAUCUCCUCCUCCCCCUUCACCCAUUCCACAUCCACCUUACUACUACAGUUCUCCACCACCUCCGGUAAAAUCUCCACCUCCACCAACACCUUACUACUACCAGUCCCCACCACCACCUAAGUACUAUCCACCUCCAUACUAUUAUAAUUCUCCUCCUCCACCGGUUGUGUAUCCCCCAUAUCCCUACCCACACCCCUAUCACCACCCAUUGAUUGUGAAGGUAGUGGGUAAAGUUUACAGCUACAGGUGCUAUGACUGGGAGUAUCCUGAAAAGUCUCAUGACAAGAAGCACCUCAAAGGUGUUGUUGUGGAGGUCAAAUGCAAAGCUGGGAGGAACAUCAUCAAGGCCUACGGAAAAACUAAGAGUAAUGGAAAGUACAGCAUCACAGUUAAGGACUUUGACUACAUCAAAUAUGGUCCCACUGUGUGCAAGGCCAGGCUUCAUGCUCCACCUAAAGACUCACCCUUCAACAUACCUACUAAGCUGAAUGAGGGAACCGACUUGAAGAUAAAAUCCAAAAACAAGUAUGAAGUUGUGCUAAAAUCUAAGCCAUUUGCUUACGCUUCGAAGAAGCAUUUUGAAGAAUGUGAUAAGCCUAAGCCUUCACCAACUCCUUACUAUUACAAGUCACCACCUCCUCCUGCGAAAUCACCACCUGUUUAUUACUAUAAGUCUCCACCCCCACCAUCACCAUCACCAUCCCCUUCACCGUAUUGGUACAAGUCUCCACCUCCACCAUCAUCAACACCAAAACCAUACUAUUAUAAAUCUCCCCCACCACCAUCACCAUCCCCUUCACCAUACUGGUACAAAUCUCCACCUCCACCAUCACCAGUACCAAAACCAUACUAUUACAAAUCUCCUCCACCACCAUCACCAUCCCCUUCACCAUACUGGUAUAAAUCUCCACCUCCACCAUCACCAGUAUCAAAACCGUACUACUAUAAAUCUCCCCCACCACCAUCACCAUCUCCUUCACCAUACUGGUACAAAUCCCCACCUCCACCAUCACCCGUACCAAAACCGUACUAUUACAAAUCUCCACCUCCACCAUCUCCAGUGCCAAAACCAUACUACUACAAAUCUCCCCCACCACCAUCACCAUCCCCUUCACCAUACUGGUACAAAUCCCCACCUCCACCAUCACCCGUACCAAAACCGUACUAUUAUAAAUCUCCACCUCCACCAUCACCAGUACCAAAACCAUACUACUAUAAAUCACCCCCACCACCAUCACCAUCCCCUUCACCAUAUUGGUACAAAUCUCCCCCUCCACCAUCACCAGUACCAAAACCAUACUAUUAUAAAUCUCCUCCACCACCAUCAUCAUCUCCUUCACCAUACUGGUACAAAUCUCCCCCUCCACCAUCACCAGUACCAAAACCAUACUACUAUAAAUCUCCUCCACCACCAUCACCAUCACCAUCCCCUUCACCAUAUUGGUACAAAUCUCCACCCCCACCAUCACCCAUACCAAAACCAUACUAUUAUAAAUCUCCACCUCCACCAUCACCAGUACCGAAGCCAUACUACUAUAAAUCUCCCCCACCACCCUCACCAUCCCCUUCACCAUACUGGUACAAAUCUCCACCCCCACCAUCACCCGUACCAAAACCAUACUAUUAUAAAUCUCCUCCACCACCAUCACCAUCACCUCCUCCACCUUACUAUUAUCAAUCUCCUCCUCCACCUAAAGAAUUACCACACCCUCCAUAUUAUUACAAGUCACCACCCCCACCAUCACCAUCUCCUUCACCAUACUGGUAUAAAUCUCCUCCUCCACCACCACCCGUACCAAAACCAUACUAUUAUAAAUCUCCCCCACCGCCAUCACCAUCACCCCCUCCACCAUACUAUUAUAAGUCACCACCCCCACCAUCACCAUCACCUCCCCCUCCAUACUAUUACAAAUCUCCCCCACCACCUAAGGAAUUACCACACCCUCCAUACUACUAUAAGUCACCACCCCCACCAUCACCAUCCCCUCCUCCCCCUUACUACUAUAAGUCUCCACCACCACCAUCACCAUCUCCACCACCUCCAUACUACUACAAAUCACCUCCACCACCAUCUCCCUCUCCUCCCCCCCCAUACUACUACCAAUCUCCCCCACCACCAUCACAUUCUCCACCACCUCCCUACUACUACAAAUCACCUCCACCACCAUCCCCGUCACCUCCCCCUCCUUACUAUUACAAAUCUCCCCCACCUCCAUCUCCAUCUCCACCGCCUCCAUACUACUACAAAAGUCCUCCUCCACCAUCUCCCAUUCCUCAUCCUCCCUACUACUACAAAUCCCCUCCACCACCAACGUCAUCUCCUCCACCUCCUUACCAUUAUGUGAGUCCUCCUCCACCCUCACCAUCUCCUCCCCCACCAUACCACUAUGCAUCACCACCUCCUCCUUCCCCAUCUCCAGCUCCCACAUACAUUUACAAAUCACCUCCCCCACCAGUAAAAUUGCCACCACCACCAUACCACUACACAUCACCACCUCCUCCCUCCCCUUCACCCGCUCCCACAUAUAUUUACAAAUCACCUCCCCCACCAACAAAAUCGCCUCCCCCACCAGUUUACAUUUAUGCUUCCCCACCACCACCGAUCUACAAGUAAGCUCGGAAUGCGGAAGCAUAGUUCUUGAUAAAUCAUGUUGUAGUUUACGUCCAAGAAUAAAGGCAAGCUUCAUUUGGAGCAAAGUAAAACAUCUAGCUUCCUAUCCAAGUUCGUUGAAUAAAAGUCUGAAUGUAUCAUCUCUGAGCUACAAUAUUUGUGAUUCAGACAAGAUUGACUCUAUUACUUUGAUGGCCAUCUUGCACGUCCUGAUCUUAUUGUGUUCAAGUGAUGGACAAAUCAAAAAGGGGAAGCGAGAUUUGAAAUGUAAAUGUGAAGUGAAAGUUAGAAGUAUAGUCUGCUUUUGGUGAUCUCUUUAAUUUAUUUGUGAAUAAGAUUAUUAUGGCCAUGUAUUUGCUUUUAUAUUUAUUGAGGCAUUUUUGUAUUGUGUCCUGUUAUCGUGUUUGAAAUAAGAGUGUUGGCACAAAAUGGAAGCACAUUCAAAUUCUGUCCACAA